CUGAGUAAGAUGGCGUGUUAAGCGGCAACUGUGGAGUUGAUCUGCUGUUUGAAUGUGGGGCCUUGUGUCAUCGUGUUUCUCCCGUCAGCUGACGUCUCAAGGGACUAGUCGGCUCCAGCCGGUGCUCCGGAGUGGGGAGGUUAUUAGAUGCCGCCUGGUUCCGCGCUCGGCAUGCCAAGGCCGAGCCCGUUCCGGGCCGGCGGCUGAACCCAGUCCUCUCCUCAUCACUACCCCCAUUUUCUACGUGAAUGCGUUCCCUCAUAUCGGGCAUCUGUACUCUGCAGUGCUGGCGGACGCUUUGUAUCGUUUCAAGGUCCUAUCGGGGACAGCAGCAAAGUUUACAACAGGAACAGAUGAGCACGGCCUGAAGAUUCAACAAGCUGCAGAUGCUGCAGCUAAGAACCCUUUGGAUUUCUGUACAAGUGUAUCUGAGGAGUUCAAGAAAUUGUUCACUAAGUCCCUAGUUUCAUAUACAGAUUAUAUUCGAACUACAGAGGAGCGUCACAAAACCGCUGUCCAACAUUUUUGGCGUGCUUUGCAUGAAAAAGGCUACCUUUACCAAGCAACGUAUGAGGGAUGGUACUCCACUCCAGAUGAGACUUUCUUUUCUGAUUCACAAGUUUUAGAAAGAAAAGAUGCACAUGGAAUUGUUAUUAAAGUAUCUUUGGAAAGUGGUCACAAGGUAGAAUGGACUAAAGAAGAAAAUUACAUGUUCAAGUUAUCUGAAUUUAAACCAAAGUUAUUAAAAUGGUUAAAGAAGAAUCCACAAGUAAUUCUGCCUGAAAAAUUCUAUCAUCUUGUUCUCCAUUGGCUAGAGGAAGACGUUCCAGAUAUAUCAGUGUCACGUCAAAGAAGCCGUUUGAAGUGGGGCAUUCCAGUUCCUAGAGAUCCAACACAAACAAUUUAUGUAUGGUUGGAUGCUUUAGUUAAUUACUUGACUGUAGCAGGUUAUCCAGAGGUUCAAAAUCUGCCUGCCAUGCAUCAUGUUAUUGGAAAAGAUAUUCUCAAAUUUCAUGCUGUUUAUUGGCCUGCUUUCCUAAUGGCAGCUGGUUUGCCGUUACCAAAACAAAUCUAUGUUCAUUCUCAUUGGACAGUCAAUGGAAAGAAGAUGUCUAAGAGCCUUGGAAAUGUUGUUGAUCCCACUGAAAGAUUUUCGGUAUACACUGUUGAUGGCUUCAGAUAUUUUUUGCUGCGGCAAGGUGUGCCAGAUGCAGACUGUGACUAUUAUGAUGAUAAGGUGGUGAAGAUUCUAAAUGCAGAGCUUGCAGAUGCUUUAGGAGGCCUCCUUAACCGUUGUACAAGUAAAAGCAUGAAUCCUGAUCAAAUCUACUCAACAUUUUCAAAUCACUGUUUUCCUGAAAGGCAUCCAGAAGACUACAGUCCCCUGAUGAGCAGAGCAACAGCUGAAGAUUACAAAAUGAUUAAGUUGGUUGAACAACUGCCUUUGAAUGUUAAGGUCUGCUUUGAAAAUCUACAAAUUUAUAAGGCCUUAGAAGCCAUUAAUUUUUGUGUCCGAUUAACCAAUGGCUUUUUCCAUAGACACAUACCCUGGAAGCUUGACCGUAAAAUUGCUGAGGAGCGUUGCUGGCUGGAAACAGUACUUUAUGUCACUUUCGAGUGUCUCCGUGUCUAUGGGAUUUUAUUGCAGCCGGUGAUUCCAGCAAUUGCUGAUCAGCUGCUUUCACGGCUAGCUGUUGGCCCGCAUGAGCGAGACUGGGGUCAUUUGAACUUCUUGGCCAGAUACCAUAACAAUGUAUGCAUUUUUGAAGGAAGAAAAUUGGGGCCUGAUACAGGACUUCUGUUUAGCAGAUUAGAGAGGAUGGAUAAAACACCAAGCAAAGUACAAGGCAGUCGGAAGAAGAUAAACAACGUUCUGAAGUGAAUUCGAAGCACUAAAUCUCCCAGAUUCUUAGUGAAUAAUGAAUCCUGAAAAUGCUGUUUUCUAUAUUAAGCAAUUAAAUAGUGUAAAUAUUGUAACAAAGUUUCUAGAAUGAGAUGUUUUAUACAUUUACCAACUAUAAAUAUAAUUUUUCCUCCUUUCUGAGAUAAUGACAUUAGGUCUGACCCAAAAUAUUUGUGAACAUGGGUUUGUGACCAUUCACCACAAGCUGCAUGAAACUGGCCUGGAAUGAUUCAUCUUUAAAAUGUUAGAUGUUUUUGUCAGUCUAAUAUAAUUAUUUAUAUUGAAAACACCUUUUAAGUCUCUGCUAUUCUUACUUUUUAACCAUCCACAGCAAUGGUAUAUUUUUGUAGAGCCCAGUAUAUUUUACAAACCUGAUUUGUACUCCUUGGUUAGCAUGCAAGUUAUUCUGUGUAUGGUCUUGUGUCCAGAACAGUGCAUGUAUUGUAUAGUUUUAAAAAAAUAACUACCUUUUUCCCUUUCUUGAUUUCCUUAUUAUUGUCUGGCACUUGCAGGUUGUUGUUCAAGUAGAGGUAGUUGACCCUGUCCUUGACCCUGCCAGCUUAGUAUGGUUUGCACUAAAACUGAAUUGCUUCAGAUGCAUUCUCACCCUUGACAAUGAUACAUCAUUUCAAUAGAAUUGAAUUGACCUUAUGACCUCCAUCUUUCAUAUACGUACAUGAGGAAUAAAAGUCUUUACGUUACAUCUGUCUAAAUGUGUAAUUUAUAGUAAUUUAUAAUAAUUAGUAUGUACAACAGGAUGGUCACUAUAACAUGUAUAUACAGUUGUGUUAGCAUGAAUAAUCAUUGUGUCAUGUUGUAUGAUGUGGCCAGCCAUGGUCUUGCAUCAGCCUUUAAUCUGCUUAUUCUUUUUCUAUCAAUGCUCAUGAUUGUUCAUGACAAUUUUUUUCUACAGCAGUGGUUUGCCAUUGCCGCCUUCUGGGGGCAGUGUCUUUUACAAGACAGGCAACCUAGCCAUUAUCAAUACUCCUCUGAGAUUGCCUGCCUGGUGUCAAUACUCGCGUAACCAGGACUUGUGAUACGCUUCAGCUGUUCAUACAACCAUUCACCACCUGAUCCCAUGGCAUCACGUGACCCGGUUGGGGGGGCUGAGGAGGUGCUACGCCUUGCCCAAGGGUGACCUGCAGGCUAGCAGAGGGAAGGAGCGCCUUACACCUCCUUCGAUAGAGAUGCAUCUCCACCCUGCCACAUAUUGUCACUCUAAUCCUGUUCUAAUUUUGCCAGUUUUAACAAACUUACGAUGAUACAUAAAACAAAGUGGAAUAGAAUAAAGCUGGGCAUUCUUUCAAGGAAUACACUAUUAAAUUUUGAAUGGCCCAAUGCGGGGUUUCAACCCAAAAUAUAGACAAUUACUUUCCUCCAACAGAUGCUGAAUUCCUGCAGAUUCCAGCAUCUGCACUCUUAUUUAGAAUAUUCAUUCUGUAGCCAGAUUGUAAAUUGGAGAUAAUUGAAGUUCAUUAACAAGGAACACAGUUAUAGAUAGUCAUUCUUGUAGUUAAUAUAACAUGGAAGAAGAUCCAUAACUGGAGCUGAUGAGAGGUGAAAACAAGCCCCUUUUUGUGAUAUGCUGAAUCAAUGUUCAAUAGUUUCAAAUUUGAUAUUUAUAUUUAUAUUUUUGAACCUAUUGGAUUGUAAUUAGAUAUUUGAAAACUGCAAAUUGGCUUUUGAAAGACAGUGCUGCUAAUUACCUUUUAAGUCCUCUUAAUCUGCCCAUCAUUGAUAUUUUGGGUUAAUGACCUUUUCAACAGCCAUUUGAGCUAGGAUCUGGAUUGGAUGUGAACACAUUAGCACCAUUAUAGUGCUAUUUUAAACCAUUGUCCAUAUAACAAUUUUAUUUUGUAUUGGACAAAGCCUUUUUUUCUUUGAUUCCUAUAUCUAUGAAUAUUGUGCUACUGGAGUAGUCUCAUUCAUGCCAAGUAACAGAACUAGUUUGUGAUCUCCAAGAAUAAGAAUGGUUGAUUCAGGUUUUUUUUCCUCUAAAUGUGGAAUUAUUUUUUCAAAUUGUUUUCAUAUUUGCAAUAGUAGACCUGGUUUUGUGUUUUUUUAAAGUUCAUUUGUGAAGCCUCUAAAAGAUCUAAAAGUUUUUGUGCUGUAACUAUCAGUUCCAAUUAUUAAACUAUUUAAUUUAAAAAUACAAAGGGAAAAUAAUCAACCUCAGAUUUUCAGUGACUUCAACUUCAGUGACUGAGCACUUGGGUGAAGAUUUUGUUAGGUUGUAUAUCGUAUCAAUAUAAUACCAAUCCCAUAUUCUACAUUUUG